AGGGAAGGUGAAAGCAAACUUGAGGGGGAACAUGGUCGCUUUCAUGCAAAUACAAGGGACACAAAAAGAGGAACAGAUGUGAAAUAAGAAACAAGACAAAUUGUUCAACUAAUUGUGAGGGUAGAUUCACACCGAGACGAGAUUGGCAAAACGGACUACUGUAGUUCCGAAAUAUAUGAUUAUUGAUAGAGAUUUUUGAACUAGAUGAGAGCGGUCGGUCUGUCUAUUCUUCCACUGAAAACUAUUGAACGACUUCUUGUCUCAUCGAAAAUAUCGCCGGAAUCGGUAAAGAGGCAGGCGUUUGUAAGUUUUGAGAUAAAGAUACAGUAGUCUACUUUACGUGGACGAAGAAAUUCAUCUCAGGUUAUUCCGGAAGCAGCUGAAUAGAACGCAGUAUUGUUUGAAGACAGACGAGAUGGGUGACUGGAAUCUCAGCAUUGGGACUUUGAGUGAAGGAGUUCAGAGCAGGUUAGCUGACAUGCUGGAUAAUGCCAAAUGUGGAUGGAGACAACUUGCCAAUGUUGUCACUGAGGAACCUCGAUUCCGCUGCAGUGAGAAUGAGAUGACCAGCUGUUCGCUCCAGGUGCUCAGCCCGACAGGCAGCCCCAGCCGCUACCUCCUAGAGAGGCUGUCUGAGCGCUCCUGCACCUUGGGCUUCCUGCUGCACUGCCUGAAGAAGAUGGAGCACCAUGAAGCUGUGCAGUACCUCACUGCUAUAGUGAUGGAGCGGUUUCGGAUCACAGUGCAGCCCCAGGCCCAACAUGCUACAGAGGGAGGCAGGGUUGUGCUGGUCUGUAAGGCCAUUGGUCCUGCAGCUAUGGGCUACCAGUGGUUCAGAGGCAAAGAAGAGGUGCUGGGUGGAAGUGGUCCGGAGCUGGUCCUUUGCCCUUUAACCCCAUCCCACCAGGGACACUACAUCUGCCGGGUCAACCAUGGAGAGAACUUCAUCUUCUCCCAGUGGGCACAUGUCCGCUUGGUCAGGUCAGCUGGCUCCAGUGCAGGUGUCAGUAGCAACUUCUUCCCCCCCUCAGUGAGUGGAGUGCGUAUUGUCCGUCAGCCCCGGCCCCAGGCAGUAGCUGAGGGGGACUCCUUGUGUCUGGACUGCUUUGCUGAGGCCAACCCUCCUCCUCAGUACCAGUGGUACCACAAUAAACAACCAAUGCCAACAUGCAAGAUAAGCGCCCUGAGGAUACCGCGUGUGACCACAGCAGACAGAGGAAACUACAGCUGCAGGGUGUUCAACCUGUACCACGAGGUGUGGAGCGACCAAGUCCAUGUCAAAAUAGACCCUGGUUCCUCCAUUGAUGCUUCCUGGGCAGAAGUAGACCAUGCUAUCAUACCUAGCCCUGCCAGGCAGAUAAGUAAAUUAUAUGCCACAGACAAGGUGGCCCUUCUGAUGGGCAACAUGAACUACUUGCACCACAGGCCACUGCGAGCGCCCAUGGCUGACGUGCACGAGAUGACCAACCUGCUGCGCCAGCUAGACUUCAAGGUGGUUUCUCUGCUGGACCUCAACUGGCAGGAGAUGCACAGCGCUGUUACUGAGUUCCUACUGCUGCUCGACCGCGGUGUCUAUGGGCUUCUGUACUUUGCGGGUCAUGGUUAUGAGAACUAUGGGAACAGUUUCAUGGUGCCCAUUGAUGCCCCGGCCUCUUAUACCUCAGAGAACUGCCUGUGGGUGCAGGAUGUGCUACAGCGGAUGCAGGAGCGAGAGACGGGCCUCAAUGUCUUUCUAUUGGACAUGUGUCGCAAAAGAAACUUGAACGAUGGCGUCCCUCCACAGCCAGGGCAACUGAAAGUGACCGCAAACAUAGUGUUUGGUUAUGCCACGUGUGUGGAUGCAGAGGCUUUUGAGGUGAACAAAGACGACCUGUCCAAUGGAAUCUUCAUCAGUUUCCUCAAACAGAGAGUCAUGGAGGACGAGAAGGUCACUGUCAUGCUGGACAGGGUGGCCGAAGACAUGGGUCGGUGUGAGAUCACACGAGGGCGGCAGGCUCUAGAGUUACGCAGUAAUCUUUCUGAGCGACGUGCGCUCACUGACCGCAUCCAGAGCUCCGGCUGCCCAGAGACCACCUCAGCACGCAACCUGCAGUGGGCCAUAGCACAUGUUCUUCCAAAGAGCCGUAACCUGCAGUUUGACUGUGGCGUGAAGGUGCAGCUGGGCUUCGCAGCAGAAUUCUCCAACAUCAUGAUCAUCUACACCCGAAUAUUGGAGAAGCCCAAGGACAUUGCGUCCUGCUCUGCCCAACUCACAGACUUCACUGAGGGUUUGGAUCUGGAUCUGAAGAUGAGUAAUCAGGAGAACCUCCUAGAUGCAGGGAGUUUACUGCCAAUGGAGAUCCUCCUGCCUGCAGAGCUUCCAGGCCUCUACACCCGCCUGAAGGGACUGCAGAGACUCAAGAAGGAGCUGACAUUCACUGUGUGCCUUCAGUAUCAGUAUACGAACUUGGAUGAGGAGGUCCAUGAGAGGCAAACUGUAACUGUGGGCAAACCACUGGUAUCCAAACUCAAUCUCCACGAACCUCGGCUUCCCCGCUCCUACUCGGCCUCCUCCUCAUUCGACCUUCACUCCUUCAGCCAUUCCUCCUCCUUCCCAGAGGGCUUUGGGCCAAGCUUCCCUGCCUCAGAGACAUCCUCCGUUGGCUCAGCCUCCACCACCUGGUCAUAUUACUCACAGCCAGGAGUGUCUGACACCCCGUCUUCCCUCGGGAAGUUAAAUCUACCGGUGGAGGAUGACAGUCCAGAGUUGUUUGAUUCUGACGCCCCUCAGCCUCUCACCACAAGCAAAAGCCUGCCUCAUGGUCAAGUAGAGGACCUCACAUAUCGAUUCAGUAACAUGCACAACUUCCAUUCAUGUUAGUCCUGUCAAUUUGCAGAGUUGUAAGACCCAUUGUGUUUUGUCUACAGACCUACAUAUUAACUUAUAGUGCAACUUACUUUACAACAAAUUGAUCCCAUGACCUGCAUUGUUUAUAUGUUAAAGAAUAUGUAGAGAAAAACUGAUGUAAUCUCGUUUUUGUAGCUCAUGUUAUGAAAAUAUAGUUUCUUAAAGCAUAUCCAUUUGGGCAUGCUGUUAAUACAUUUCUUUCACAUGGUGGAUUGAGCUAGUUUACUUCUUUUUAACAAACAUAAAUAACUUACUAAAAUGUGUUUGAACAUUUUGAUUCUGGCCCCUCAAAUACUGUACACAAAAGACAACUAGUUUAGGCUGGGAUAUGUUUAUUAUCCUGUCAGAGCCUUUAUGUACAGGCCUUUGCAGUGUAAGAGAUGUAAAAUGUUUGGACGUAAAACGUGUCUGCAGACAGAAGGAGCCGAGAUGUGGAACGUGUGGGGGAAAAUCACUUUGAUGGAGACUGUAUAGCAGAAGAGAAUUGCAAAGGGAUAAAGUGUUGUAACUGUGGUGAUGAGACAACAUCCUUGGAAUGCCCAAAUAUGGUGAAAGAGGUGGAGGUGGCCAAAAUCAGGGCAGUUCAGUCUGUCUUCUAUGCGGAAGGCGCUAUAAAGGGUUGAAAGAGCAAAAGGUCUGACACUGCAACAUGCACCGAGGCCUGCAUGUCACCAGCAGGAUCCAGACAUUCUUCAAGUGAAGAAAGUGGACUUUGUGUCAUUUAUAGCAAUGGUGAUAAACGGAACUACACAAGUGAAAAAUAAGUCAAGAAAGAUCAACAUUGUUUCUGCAGCUGAAAUCUUAAGGAGUUACAGUGCAUUCGGAAAGUAUUCAAACCCCUUGACUUUUUCAAAAUUUUGUUACGCUAC